UCUUGACGUGGGGUGCAAGAGUUAGUAGCCACUUGAAUGGUCCAUAAAAUCAGCGAUCCAUUGCAUGUCCUAAAAAGUUAAGCGUAAUCACCAGAGGAAACCUUAACAAUAACAUCAUGGAGAAUAAGGAAGACAAUUCAGGGCAUGUUUCAAAACUUGUUCAUCAAUUCUACUUUGUUAAGCUUUGGCCAACAGAACCAGAUUCGAUCUCUAAAAUCAGAAAGGAAGAGAACAUAGUAAUGAAAAUAAAUCAAGACAUUUCUGAAAUCACCGACAAAAUUGCAAAGAAAACGUGCCAUCAAAGGGUACGGAGAAACAGUGUGGCGAUUAAAGGGAAAAUACUAAGGGAUUUUAAUAUGGCUCUUGAUGAAUUGAAUAUCUGGAAUAUCGAAGUAGCGAGUGGAGGAUGGUUUGGUGAAAAGCUUGAUAAAAAUUCCUUGAAUUAUUUGAAGAUACAUGGGAGCAAGAGUUUGGGUGAAGAAAAACAAAUUCUGAGAGAUAUAAAGAUUCAACAGAAAGAUGUUGCUUCAUUCAAGUCUCUGGAAGUGCUUAAGGAAACGUUAUUGCGUAACGGGGGUAGUAUAUUCUUUACUCGGAAAGUUAAAAACUUGGAGGAGAUGAUUAGAGGGAAUUAUUUGAAUGACCGGCAGAAGCUCGUGAUAGAAAUUGAACAAUUCCAAAUCCAACAUAUGGAAAGAGCUUGCAAGUAUGACUCCUUGAAGAAAAGUAUAAAACACCAAAUCAAGCUUCUUUGUGAUGACAAUUCUUUGAAAAACAAAAGAGAGUGGAUGGAAUUUGGGACCAGAUCAAUUAGCCCCGGAGUAGAAGCCAUAAACGGAAAAUUAUAUUCAUUGAGAGAAAAAUUGAAUCAGAAGUAUAACAAAAAGUAUGAAGCAAAGCAAAGGAUUUUGAAAUUGAAAGAGUUGUAUCAUGAGAAUAAUCUCAACUAUUACAAGUAUUGUUCACUUAUAAAUAAAGUACAUCAACUGAGUGAAGAAAAAGAUGUAACACUCCUUGAUGAGAUGUCAAGUUCAGAGGUUGAAAAUUUUACGUUAGAAUGGAACAGUAGUAAGGCUUUCCGAGAAGAUUAUGAGAAGAAGAUUCUACAAUCAUUAGAGAGACGACAACUAAGUGGAGAUGGGAGAAGAAGACCUGAUAAAUCUUGCAGUACUAUGCAUCUGUAAUGGUGGGAGGAAAUGUUGAAAUAUUGUAAGUGUACAUGUUAUUCUGCUGAAAUAGUAAGCAACAGUACAUUAACAAAAUUUGCAUACAUGAAACCAUGUUGUAUAUAUGGCUUGCUUUUUUUUAACACCAAACCUGUUAAGUAUAAGACGAAGAAUCGUUCUAAUGUAAAAAUUGUAGCAUAGUCAAGUGUCAGGUACAAUUGUUUUGGUUAUUUUUUUAGCUACACUAAGAAAUGCAUUAACGGAAGCAGAAAGAUCAAGGGAUAACUUGC